AUGGAAAUUGAAGAUACAAUCCAUGGAGAUGUUAAUAUUGAUAAUAACCUAAAUAAUAUAACCUAUGAAGUGGUUCCCUUUGAUUUACCCCUCUUAAUUAUUGUGAAAACUCUUAGAAAGCAAAAUGGAUUACGCCAUAAAGAUUAUAGUAGAUAUCGCCGUUAUUGUACUCGUCGUUUGCAUCAUUUGAGGUCAUGCUUAAGAAUGACUUGUGGACGUAAUAAAUUUCAAAGUAGACCUAUUGAAAUAGAUGAUGUGAAGAAUCCAAGACACUUAUUGAUACUUAUAAGUUUAAUUGAGAGAAAUUGGAGCUAUAGUAAUGAAAUUAGUAAUGGAAUUAGUAAUGAAAUUAGUACAUCACAUAAAGAUAGAAAUAAUCUCUCUUCUAAUGAGAUUAGAAGUAGAUAUCAUAUUAUUAGGAGAUUGAGGAAAUCAUGUAAAUACAGCGAUUUAUUAUUGAAAGUAAGUGAAGAGAAGUGUACAGCAAGAAGUAUAGUUGAGGUUCAAGCAUAUAGAAAUAAUUUAAUGGGUAAUUAUUACAUACAGUGUUCAGAUUGGGUAAAAGGAGCUGUAUCCUUGAUUAAUUGUAAAAAGUUAUACCAACAACUGAAGUUGGAUUUAAAUGCAUCUUCCAUAGAUAUGAAUAAAAUAUUACCUUUAUAUAAUAUUGAUUCUAUGUCAAAGAAUGAUUAUUUAAAGAUAUAUGAUGAUCAUAUUGAAGAACUUGAACCACUUAUUAGAUUAUGUUUAUAUCAUUGUAAUCGUCUAGGUAUAGAUAUUGAGAGUAUGGAGAAUUUGGAUGAUAACCCUAAAAUAGAGAUAGAGAGUCAUUUGACUAAUAAUAUGGGGAUGAAGAUAUUUUUCAAUGGAUCUGAAUAUCCAUUAAUUUUUCCACGGGCUGAGAUGUAUAUUAUGGAACUGCAUGAAUGUUACAAUCAAACUAAGAAGAUUUUAUCAACUGAAGAGGAUACUUUACUUAGCAUUUCAACUAAUUCAAUCAUUGAAGCUUAUUCAGAUGUUUUGAUGGAUGUCUCAACAAUUAAUUCUAUGAUACAUGAAGAAAUAACUAAUUUAACUGUAAAGAAUGGUGUUUCUCCCCUAAAUAGUUUGAAUUCUGAAGAGUGGAGUGCUUUAGAAGGAUAUAUACGCACUUUUCAGAUAUUUAUAACAACUGAACGUGAUUUAGUACUUUUAUACCGAUUAUUAUCCUACUUUAAUAGUCCAGACUUUUUACUAAUUAAUAUAAUUAAUCAAGGGAUAAUACCAAAGGCUUUGAAUUCAAAUAAGGAUACAGAAAUUAGAUACCCAGAGGAAGGUAUUAGACUAUGUGAUUUUCUAAAAAUGACUAUUUCUGAAAUAAAGUCAGUUGGAGAAGAAUUGUUUAAGAGAAAGGAAGUAACUAUGUUAGUUGAGAAGUUAAAUCAUAUUGUAGAUAAUUGUCGUUGCCUAUUGUUAUCACAUAUUUAUGGCUUAUUAGGGAAAUUUCAUGAAGCAUACUUACUAUCUGACUUAGUAAAAUCUCGUUCUGACAGCACAAUUUUUAAAUUAGAAGUUAUUGAGUGGGAUCAUGAUGGAUAUAUUUCGAGAGUUAUAAGUUUAUACAAGCAUUUACAUGAUGUUAUAAGUCAAAUGAUUCCAGUAAACUGUAGUGUUUACCGUGCCUAUAUAGUAAAAUAUCAAAAUAAAGAUUCAAGUCAAAUUUAUAGUAAUACUGAGGAUCUAAAGUAUGAUAUAUUAAGACCUUCUUAUAUUCCAAUCCCUGUUAAGCCAAUAAUGUUUGAUAUUGCUGCAGACUAUAUUACCCCACCUAACUUAUCUUCAAGGUACAAAAAAGAGGGAAUAGUAAAUAGAAUGAUUUCAAAGGCUACUUCUGGAUUUGGAAUUUUUAAGAGAAAUUAA